AUGCCGGUGUUUCACACCAAGACCAUCGAGAGCAUCCUGGAGCCGGUGGCCCAGCAGAUCUCCCACUUGGUCAUCAUGCACGAAGAGGGGGAGGUGGACGGCAAAGCCAUCCCGGAUCUGACGGUGCCCGUGGCCGCUGUGCAGGCGGCGGUCAGCAACCUCGUGCGGGUGGGCAAGGAGACCGUUCAAACCACCGAGGACCAGGUGAUGAAGAGAGACAUGCCUCCUGCAUUCAUUAAGGUGGAGAAUUCAAGCUCUAAACUCGUCCAGGCAGCUCAGAUGCUGAAGGCUGAUCCAUACUCUGUUCCUGCACGAGAUUACCUGAUCGAUGGAUCCAGAGGGAUACUAUCUGGAACAUCUGACCUGCUCCUCACCUUUGAUGAAGCAGAGGUGCGUAAGAUCAUUCGUGUGUGUAAAGGCAUCCUGGAGUACCUGGCAGUGGCUGAGGUGGUGGAGACCAUGGAGGACCUUAUCACUUACACCAAGAACCUGAGGCCAGGGAUGACUAAAAUGUCAAAGAUGAUUGAGGAGAGGCAGCAGGAGCUGACGCACCAAGAGCACAGGCAGAUGCUCGUCAACUCCAUGAACACCGUCAAAGAGCUGCUGCCGGUUCUUGUAUCAGCGAUAAAGAUUUUUGUCGCAACCAAGAGCAGUCGAGGUGCCGGCGUUGAGGAUGCAGAGAGGAACAGGAAGUUUAUCUUUGAAAAGAUGAGCGCUGAAAUCAACGAGAUCAUCAGAGUGUUACAGCUCACCACGUGGGAUGAAGAUGCCUGGGCCAAUAAGGAUAUGGAGGCUGUAAAGAGAUGCUUGGCUUUGAUUGAGUCUAAGAUGGCACAAGCUAAAGGCUGGCUGAAGGACUCCCAUGGACAACCAGGGGACCCCGGCGAGGUGGCCCUGCGCGUGAUACUUGAUGAAGCCGGUAAGGUGGGAGAGCUGUGUGCCGGGAAGGAAAGGAAAGACAUUCUGGCAACAACUAAGGCUCUGGGACAAAUGACGGACCAGAUUGCCGACCUACGUGCAAGAGGCCAGGGCUCCAACCCGGGGUGUGUGCAGCGCGCAGGCCAGUGCUCACAGGGCUUAGACUUGCUGUUUGGCAAAGUGGACGGUGCUGCUCGCAGAUUGGAGGCUCUAAUCAACGCCAAGCAGGCCGUCGCUCGGAGGCUCGACGCCGCACAGGCCUGGCUGGCUGAUCCUCACGGCGGUCCGGAGGGAGAGGAGAACAUUAGAGCGCUACUGGCAGAGGCCAAGCGCAUCGCCGACUUAUGUGAAGACCCCAAGGAGAGGGAUGACAUCCUGCGCUCCAUCGGAGAGAUCGCGGCCCUCACCGCCAGACUUGUGGAGCUGCGCAGACAGGGUAAAGGUGACAGCCCAGAAGCUCGCGCUUUGGCAAAGCAGAUUGGAGGGGCACUGUUGACCCUGCAGUCCAAAACAAACCGGGCCGUGGCCAACAUGAGACCAACAAAACCCGCCGUGACUUUGGAGGGCAAGAUGGAUCAGGCCCUCCGCUGGGUGAACAACCCCGGAGUGGACGACAGAGGAGUAGGUCAGGCGGCAAUCAGAGGGAUGGUUGGAGAAGGAAGGAGGCUGGCAGGAGGCCUGUUAGGCCCGUACCGGCAGGACAUGAUUGGACGCUGCGACCGAACAGAGGCUCUCAUGACAUCAUUGGCAGACAUGGCCGGCAGGGGCGAGACUGAAGCCCCUCACGCUCGAGCUACAGCUGCACAACUGCAGGACAGCCUGAAGGACCUGAGGCAGCACAUGCAGGAGGUGAUGACCAAGGAAGUAUCGGACGUUUUCAGUGACACCACUACGCCUAUCAAACUGCUGGCUGUGGCUGCAACUGCUCCACCCGACGCCCCCAACAGAGGGGAGGUUUUUGAAGAGCGUGCAGGGAACUUCGAGGCCCACGCUGGUCGACUGGGGGCGACUGCAGAGAAGGCUGCUGCCGUGGGAACGGCCAACAAAAGUACUGUAGAGGGAAUACAUGCCAGCGUGAAAAGUGCCAGGGAGCUCACGCCACAGGUGACCUCUGCUGCUCGGAUCUUGUUGAAGAAUCCUGGAAAUAAAGCAGCAUACGAGCACUUUGACACCAUGAAGAACCAGUGGAUUGACAAUGUGGAAAAACUCACUGGUCUGGUGGAUGAAGCCAUCGACACCAAAUCUCUGUUAGAUGCCUCCGAGGAGGCUAUAAAGAAGGACAUCGACAAGUGCCGGGUCGCCAUGGCAAACGUUCAGCCCCAGAUGCUUGUUGCCGGGGCAACGAGCAUCGCAAGACGCGCCAAUCGGGUCCUGUUGGUGGCUAAGAGGGAAGUGGAGAACUCUGAAGAUCCGCGGUUCAGAGACACGGUAAAACAUGCGUCAGACCUCCUCUCCCACACCAUCUCACCCAUGGUGAUGGACGCCAAAGCAGUGGCUGGGAACAUACAGGACAAAGCUCUGCAAAAGGUCUAUUUGGACUCGUGUCUGAGGAUCCUGGCCGCAGUCGGCAAAGUAAGAGAAGCCUUCCAACCUCAGGAGCCGGACUUCCCUCCUCCACCACCGGACCUGGACCAGCUCCAUGUCAACGACGAGCAGGCUCCACCCAAGCCCCCCUUACCAGAGGGCGAGGUGCCCCCACCUCGUCCCCCUCCUCCAGAGGAGAAGGACGAGGAGUUCCCAGAGCAGAAGGCGGGAGAGGUGCUCAGCGAGCCCAUGAUGGUAGCGGCCAGGCAGCUGCACGAUGAGGCGCGCAAGUGGUCGAGCAAGCCAGAGGAUGAGGAGGCAGUAGAAGAGAGAGAGGUAGAUGAUGAAGAUGAGUUUACUGAUGGUGAGGAUGACUAUGAGCCGGAACUGCUGAUGAUGCCCUCCAACCAGCCUGUCAAUCAACCCAUGCUUGCAGCUGCCCAGGCUCUCCACCAGGAGGCGCGCAAAUGGUCCAGCAAGGGUAACGACAUCAUAGCAGCAGCCAAGCGGAUGGCUCUGCUGAUGGCAGAAAUGUCUCGGCUGGUUCGUGGGGGAAGCGGGAACAAGCGAGCGCUGAUUCAGUGUGCUAAGGACAUCGCCAAGGCCUCAGAUGAGGUGACGAGACUGGCCAAAGAAGUUGCCAAGCAGUGCACCGAUAGACGCAUCAGAACCAACCUCCUGCAGGUGUGUGAACGAAUCCCUACCAUCAGUACUCAGCUGAAAAUCCUCUCUACUGUCAAAGCCACCAUGCUGGGACGAACAAACAUUAGUGAAGAAGAGUCAGAGCAGGCUACGGACAUGUUGGUCCAUAACGCCCAGAAUCUGAUGCAGUCAGUGAAGGAGACCGUCAGAGAAGCAGAAGCAGCCUCAAUCAAGAUCCGAACGGAUGCAGGCUGCACCCUUCGCUGGGUGCGUAAGACUCCCUGGUACCAAUAAACUGACCUGGUCACUGAAACUAGUAACACUCUUAACUUUCAUGAGACCAAUAGCACACACCUCAAAUAAGACGACAUGUAAACUCUUAGUGGGUAAACAUGUGCACUACAUUAAAGAGGAAACUGAUGAGGUUUUUUUUUUAGCAGGACCUUUAGAUUUGCUCCCGAGUUCUCAUUAUCUGUAACUCUCGUAUUCUGUGGGCUGAUUGGAGAGUUUAUAAUAUAUAUUUUUGGUAUGUUGUGUUACAAGAGUUUAUCCCAGGUAUAUAUUUUUUGCAUGAAAAUGUUUUUUUCUAUUUUCUAGUCAAAUUAUGACAUUUAGAUACUUAUCUUCUUGAAGAAAUUUACUUUUAAUUUGUUUUUUUCUUAUUGUCUAUUGUAUAUAAAGUAGUUAUUUGUUUUAUGGACAACACUCCGCUAUGAGCUUUAUACACUGAGUUUGACAGCGUGGAGUGUUUUGUGGGCCGAUGAAUUCUCCACUCUUCAUGUUUACUUUUAGUAAUAACGCUCUUAACUGUAGAUCUGUGAAUUCGAAGGCGAUACAUCAUCACUGCUGUCUGGUGUUGUUUAUACUUGAAGAACUAAAACGUCUUCUGGAUUAAAAGUGUUAUGACAGUUUAAAAAAAAGAUUGUAUAUUUAAAACAAAAAUGUAUGGUUGUCAAUAAAUAAUGUUGAUUACAGAACGGUUGAUACAAUAAAUAAGAGGUUUUCACAUGACUGUUGAAUUAUCAGUAACACUAAAAUAGAUGUUUUUAAUGAAUUCAUUUUGAGUUAUUUGUUCUAACUUUAACAGUGAACAAUGCCAAAGGAUUUGUUUUAAGUUACUACAAUCUUCAUCUUAAAACAUUAUAAUCCAGGUUAUUACAAACAAAACAGACCUCUUUAGAGAAGCUUCAUUAUUUUUGGUUGUUUUCUUUCUUUUUUUAACUAAUCGUGCUUUGUGUCUACACUCUCCUGAACAGUUGAACUGUUAGGAUCUUAUAUAUUAAGAAUUGAUCAAAAGUAAAUCGACAGCCAUUAAAACUCUCCCGCUCUCUGCGUCCUGGAGCAUCGGCACGGACGCUCUGGAGACGGCGCCGGUGGCUUGAGGUCAGAAAGAACCUCUUCACGUGACAUCCGGCGUUGAUGUCAAUCAACGUGAACGUGUGUAGCCUAUUUACCCAACCAGUGCUAGUGGGCCGCUCCCACGGUGGUCGGGACGGAGCUCUGAAUGUUAACCGCAUUCUUUCCUCUUCACUUGGGACGACGAAGCACGUAGCAGUCAGCGUCGCUCUCCCUGCGAGCGACGGGGCGAACCUCUGUGUGUACUUGAUGUGUUCAUUAGCACCCUGAAUGUAUUCUGAUGGCUUCUCGCCCUGCCAACACAUCUGCUGUGCCUUUGGAAGAAUAAAAGACUACAAUAGUGAUGAAAAGGA